AAUGGUUCCUGGCUCGAGAAAUCCAAUGUGGGGAGAAGAGUUUAAUUUUUUUGUUGAUGCUCUUCCUGUCCAGAUUAGUGUCACAAUUUAUGACUGGGACAUAAUAUGGAAAAGCACAGUGCUUGGUUCUGUCAUUAUUCCUAUUGAAAAUGAAGGUCAAACUGGAGCUAUCUGGUACACACUAGAUAGCAUAUCAGGACAGGUUUGUCUUCAUAUUAAAACCCAGAAACUUCCGGUGACUUCUGGCAGGACUUUGAAUGGAUUCGCUGGAGUUGAUGCUCGAAGGAGGAUGUCUGCAGAGCAAGGACCUACAGUUGUUCACCAAAAGCCGGGCCCUCUACAAACCAUAUUUGAUCUUCUUCCAGAUGAGGCUGUUGAGCACAGUUACUCAUGCGCACUUGAGAGGUCUUUUCUAUAUCAUGGGCGAAUAUAUGUCUCUUCAUGGCAUGUUUGCUUCCAUUCAAAUGUAUUUUCUAAGCAAAUUAAGGUCGUUAUUCCCAUUGGAGACAUCCAUGAGAUAAAGAGAAGCCAACAUGCAUAUAUCAACCCAGCAAUAACAAUAAUUCUUCGCAUGGGAUCUGGUGGUCAUGGUGUACCUCCUUUAGGAAGUCCAGAUGGUAGAGUGAGGUACAAGUUUGCUUCCUUUUGGAACAGAAAUCACACACUUAGAGCCCUACAACGUGCUGCUAAGAACUAUCGGACAAUGCUAGAAGCUGAGAAGCAGGAGAAUGCUCAAUCAGCAUUGCGUGCUCACAGUAGCUCAAUUAGAAGUAGUCGAAAGCCUGUGGACAUACCAGAAGAAAAUGUAGCUGAGACUGGAAAGUUACAGGAUUUCGUCAAAGAGGAUGUUCUAGUUGGCAUAGUUAAUGAUACUUUCCCAUGCACAGCCGAGGAGUUCUUUACUUUGUUAUUUAGCGAUGAUUCAAAGUUUAUUGAUGAAUAUCGUUCAGCUAGGAAGGACACAAACCUUAACAUGGGCCAGUGGCAUGUUGCUGAUGAGUAUGAUGGCCAGGUUCGAGAGAUAACGUUUAGAUCAGUUUGCCAUAGCCCCAUGUGUCCUCCAGACACUGCAAUGACAGAGUGGCAACAUGCCGUUCUUUCUGCUGAUAAGACUUCUUUGGUUCUUGAAACUGUGCAGCAGGCACAUGACGUUCCAUUCGGGUCUUGCUUUGAGAUUCACUGCAGGUGGCUGUUGGAAACAACUUCAGAAUCUUCGUCUAAAUUAGAAAUAAAAGUUGGUGCCCAUUUCAAGAAAUGGUGUAUCAUGCAAUCAAAGAUCAAAACAGGAGCAGUUGAUGAGUAUAAAAAAGAGGUGGAGCUCAUGUUGGACGUUGCACGAUCAUAUCUCAUUAGAUCCAAGGGAUCCAAACAAGAGGUGAUGGAGGCAUCUUCUGCUCCGUUGGAAUCUCAAGUGUAGGAGCAACAACAAUUCAUAAAUGCUUGUUGGAUGCUUCCUCCGCAUUCCCUUUACAAAACCAAUUAUUCAUCACGUAUGACUAGAUGAUACACAGUUUAGUUCUCUGUCCGUGCUGCUAUUUAUUUCCAUUGCUAGCCGACCUUUUUGUUGGAGUUGCAGUGUGCGAUGUUCAUAGCUUCAUACCCUUAUCAUGCCUCCCUAUACUUAUAAUUUCAUUUUCAACUUUAAUGUACCUUCAGAACUCAAAAAAACAUUUUUACACAGUUGCUAGAUUGCAUCGUACUUAUGUAAAAUUUACUAUUUUGGUUAUAAGAGAAUUUUAUGGUGCCAAAGUGGAUUUCUUGUCAUGAAUA